AUUAUUAGUUACUAAGUUUUAUGUUAAGACAAGUGUUUAAUGAAGAUUAAUGGAUUCAAUGAGUGGUCAUGAGUUAGAUGAGAGUAAUGCAAGUGAUUGGGAACAGAUACCACUGCCUAAGGCGUUGUCCAAAUUGCGAGAUGAGACACAAGUUGCACACUGUAUGCUAUGGUUUCGCACAACACAAUCACACAAUGCUUUCUCAUUUCUUCAGCUAAGAUUUGAUGGACUUUUAGGCUUUCCCGGAGGUGUUGUCGAUGAAGACAUAACUAGUAUUGAAUCCAUUAUUGAUGCCCUUCAGCGUGAAAUACACGAAGAAAUUAAUUUUGAAACCACUAUUUCUGUUGACGACUAUAUCUAUUCAUUUUAUAACAAAAAUUUACGUAUUGUAUCACAUUUUUUUGCUAAACAAAUAACACUAAAAGAUGCCGAAAGUAUAGAAGAAUGUCAUAUGAAAGCCAGAGAUUUCCCUCACGAGUCGUUGGGUUUGUUUCGCAUACCAAUUGGCUGUUCAUAUAAUAGAGAUUCAUAUUAUUUAAGACGAUUUGCAAAGAAUUUUUUGAGACAAAAAUUUUCUGGAAAUGUUAAGAAACAAAUCAUCGAUGUCUGCGAAAAGUUUAAAAUAAUGUCUUCACAUGAUCUCAACUUCUUCAAGGCUCAGCUUCAAUAAAGACAACAUUUUUUAUCCUUAUGUUUACAUCAAUGAAAUUUUUACAUUUAGUAAGCAUUUUAAUUCAUACGGUAUGAAUAUAAUAAUUUUAUUAUAAUA